AUGUCAUCGAUUGUAUUUAAACAUCUAAGUUCGAAUGAUACCGGUAGCUAUAUUUGUAUUGCUAAAAAUGUUUAUGGUUCGGAUUCAAUUCAAACAAAACUUGUCGUGCAAGAUGCACCUCAAAUUUCUAAAUCAUUUACAAAAGAAUUAAGUCAAUCCGAAGGUUCUGUAUUGAAUAUUCCUUGUUCGGUUAUUAGUGGUUCGACGCCAUUUUCUUUUAAAUGGUUAAAAGAUAACCAGGAAAUACAACCGACUGGGAAUCAGCAUUCAACAUUUCAGAUAAAAACGGAUAAUUUUUUGUCAUUUUUAUCAAUUCCCAAAUUAAAACCCAGUGAUUCCGGAAAUUAUUCCUGCGUUGUAAGUAAUAAUUUUGGAAUCGAUAUUCAAUGGACUCAACUUCAAGUUAAAGAAUUGAAUUUAAAGAUAUUUAUUCUCUUUUAUCAUUAUACAACAUUGAUCGGAAUGAUAUUGGAAAUUAUUCUUGCAUUGUAA